AUGGAAAUCGAUCAAAUAGAUGUAAAAGAAGAGAAUGGCGGUGCAAAUGUCACCGACAAUAAAAAACAGCAAGAACAAUCUGCGAAAGUAGAAAAAAGUGAAACAAAUGGUGAUAAUGGUGCGGCGGCAGAUGAGAAAUCGAAGAACGACGAGAACGAUCCCAAAGAUGGGAAGAAGAAGAGCAAAGAGAAAGCAGACGGAAAAGAGAAUCAACCAAACGAUACGAUUGGCGGCCGAGAAAACAAAUUGGAUGGGCAUGAACUACAAAGGGAAGCCAUAAACCGAGUAAAGCUCUAUGUUCUCUGUGACCAAAGAGCAUGGGAAGAUCGUGGUACGGGGCAUGUUCUUUGUGUUAAUGCCCCUGAUGAGGAUUCACCUUCGAACUCUUCGUCGUUUGUGAUUAUCGUACGUUUGGAGCAACAAAGUAAGAAUGUUCUUGAAUCACGGAUACUCAUGGAUACCGUUUAUCAAAAGCAACAGGAGACUUUAAUUGUAUGGUCCGAGACCGACAUGAUGGAUCUGGCCCUGUCGUUUCAGGAGAAAAGUGGAUGUGAAGAAUUGUGGGCGAAGAUUUGCGAAGUGCAGGGUCGUGAUCCUGGCGAUGGUGAGGCCCCUUAUGAUGAUGGUGAUGACAGUGACGUGAGCGAGUUAACCUCGUCCACGAGUCGUCUCGCUUUACCGCCGAUUGAAAUCGGGCGGCUCAGUGAGAUCGAUACAUUAUUGCACAUGCAUUUGUCAACAAAUGCAGCACGCGAAAAGAUGGCUACCGCUAUAGAGAAUGAAAAUGUACUACCAAAGCUGUGCGAGGUCUUCCAAAUGUGCGAGGAUAUCGAGCACACGGACGGGCUACGUACAUUUUAUUCGAUUGCCAAGAACUUAUUCAUGCUGAACAAAACGAGUAUUAUCGAGCUCCUAUUGGAUGAGAAGUAUAUACGAGAUAUGAUUGGAAUGUUCGAGUUUGAUCCAGCUUAUAAGCAUCCAAGAAAACAUCGUGAAUUUGUAUACACCAAAGCGAAAUUCCGUGAAGUUCUUCACGUUUCGAAUGAGGAGCUGAAGGAAAAAAUUCACAAGUUAUACCGAGCACAAUACAUUCAAGAUGCGUGUUUGCCGAGUCUCGGCUUGUUCGAGGAGAACUUAUUAUCUACAUUAAACAGUCACAUAUUUUUCUCGCGUGUUGACAUUGUGACAAUGCUUCAGAAAGAUCGGAAAGCCAUGAAGGAGCUUUUUGGACAGCUGAGAAGUAUGGAAACCUCGCAAUCGAGAAGAAAGGAUUUGGUCAUGUUCUUGAAAGAAAUGAUAUCGCUUAGUCAGAAUUUACCGGGUUCCGGCGGUCAAAGCAAAGAUAAUUUCUUUAGGGUUAGAAAUCUAAUGGCUAACGAUAUUUUGGAAACAAUUGAACCAUGUAUGAAAUCUAAAGAUCCGGUGACGCGUUCCACCAUCGUCGAGGUUUUAAAAUCGUUAGUCGAACACAAUCCUCAAACGAUUCGUGAGUUUCUACUAAAACAAUCACGAGAUCAAGAAGAUGAGGACGUUUUGUUGAAUCGCCUCAUUUCGCACAUGUUGACUGAUAAGGAUCCCCACUUGAGUUCUGGCACUGAAGUUAUUUUGAUCCUCAAGAAUCUACUAGAUCCUGAAAAUAUGACUAGCAUGAAAACAGAGCGCAGUGAAUUCCUGCAGUUGUUUUACAAUCGUUGUAUUCACACACUUCUGAAACCAUUGCUGGAAAAUGUUAGUGGUGGAAUUAUCAAGAAAGAUGAUUACACCACUGCGCAUCGUCAAUCUGUUAUGGUGCGCCUGUUAUCAUUCUGCAUUGAACACCACUCCUACUCAAUGCGUCAACACUGUAUUUCUACCGAUUUACUGAACAAGGUUUUAGUGUUGCUUAAAUCGAAACACCAGUUUCUCGCUCUUUAUUCUCUCAAGCUUCUUCAGCGAGUUGUCUGUGUCAAGGACGAUUAUUACGUUCGUUAUAUUGUCCGCGAAAAGGUUCUAGACGCUGUUUUCGAUUGCUUUAAACGUAAUGGUACACGAUAUAACGUUCUCAAUUCAGCAAUGCUUCACAUUUUCGAUUUCAUCAAAUCUGAAGAUGUUCGGCCACUUAUUAAGUAUAUUGUGGAAAAUCACAUGGAUGUUGUGGAAAGUGUGAACUAUGUGAAAACGUUCAGAGAAAUUAAGAACAAAUACGAACAGCAUCGUGACAGAGAGGAAACGAUGAGUAUCCGAUCCGAGGAUAAUUCGUUGGCGAGUCCAAGAAGCUUAAGAAAAGAUCGACAGGAGGAUCAAUGGUUCGAUGAUGAUGACGAUAUGGAUGUUGGAACAAUGCUCGAGUCAAUUGAAAAAGAUGUGGUGACUGUAUCGCCGAAGAAAGAAGAAAUGACAACCCGAAAAACAGGAAUCGAGCCGAUGUUCCCGUCGGUGCUCAAACGAAAGAAUGCAUUUGAUGAUGAUGAAGCUCCAGUUUUUGGAGGCGGAAGUGCGAACCUUGUUAGUCAUGCCGAGAAGAAAAUUGUGAUUAAAGUCAACACGGAUAAGUCACCAUCUCGGACACCAAGUCCGGCGGCAUCUCCACGUGCAUCUCCAAGCCCGGGUCCUUCUAGAGAAGAUGAAGUUACUUCAUCGCAAAAUAAUAGCAAAGAAAACAGUCCGACACCGACGGUCAAGUCGCUGGUCGACUACGACGAGUCGGACUCUGAUGAAGAGGCCGCUUCACCAGACGCUGUUCCGUCUUCAUCGACUGGUAGUCCUGAAUCUGACACAAAGUCCAUUCCGGAGUCGAAAAAGUCUGGCGAUUCACCGGAAUACAACGAUGUUUCUUCAACAAGUGGCGAAGAUCGCGAGGAAGAAGACGAGGAGCUUGCAAGUCUUUCACCACCACUCACACCAAUCAAUGCGUCGUCUUCUCCUCCAUUGGCGGAAUCAAGAAAACGGACAUCCGAUGGGCCAGAACGCCUUGAUGUGAAGCGAUCUCGAAGCGAGGAAACAGUCAGUGAAGCAUAG